AUGCCAACGAACGGUCACGAUAAUAUAGAAGUGGCGGAUUUGCCACCAACCGCCUCGGAAAUGACUACAGAUAGUAAUAACAACAACCAGGUGGGCGGUUUAUUCGAAACCUUGUUUUGCAUUAUGGUGUUCGAUGCCACAUUGGAGUACUUAAGAAAAUUCUCAAAAUCUCUGAGGAAUGUUAUAGAAUUUGUACUUUUAUUACAGGCUGUCUUAUCAUUUGUUGUACUCGUGUAUCUACACAUACAUUUUUCACGAAUAGAAGCCAAUUGUUUAGGCCAUGUUAAAGACGUAUGGCCUAGAGACGGUAUACUCAGAGUGGAAAUUUUUCGAAAUUUUCAACACAGCCAUGCAGAACAAACAGGCACGAUGAACGAAUUGUUAGGAAAAUCUUAUGAACGUGAAUACAAGUUAAAACAUAUGGGUGAAGAAAAUGCAAAAUUGUUCAACCGCUUCACUAAAACUAAUAGUCCCGAGAAAAAAGGAGAUAUUGAUAUUGAACAAUCAACAGAAAAGUUAGUUGAAAAUAAAUCUGGAGAAACUAACACUAAGUUAUUCAACUACUUAUCAUUUACAGAUUACACAUACUUUGAAGUAAUACUUAACUCGGAUUACAUUGUUGAAUAUUCAUUGGAACAAGGGUUCUUGCAUUUGUCACCCAGUGUCAGAAAUCGGUCAAACAUUCCUGUAAUGCUAGUAACCCUAGACCCUACUCUGUGUUAUGCCGAUUCAGUGAGUCAGUUUUUCUUGAAUUAUUUCCUUGGCUACGAUAACUUACUGUUGUCCUCUGUUCAAUCACUGGCUGAAAAUGAACGAAACAAAGGAUUUUUGAGAAAUGUAAUUUCUGAGGAAUAUAAAAGAGUUGAUAGAAUAUCGAAGUCUAGAUCGUCGUAUAUUUUAUCAUUUUUCAUAAUGGUCGUGUUAACUGUAUUGAUUUCAAUGUACACGAGGUAUUUACAACAACAGAUAACUGUUUUCAUAGUGGGCUUGUCGCAACUAAAUUUACGCCUCUCGGUCUCUUCCCUGGUGUUGCCAAUUUACAUCGUUUGUAUUGUUCUGCCCGGCUUGAAGGUCAUAAUGUCAGAAAUGUUCAACGACCUAACCACGGCAUUUUACGUCUUAUUGAUCGUUUGCUUAGCUGAUCAAUACUACAUGCAUUUUUGUAAUAGUCCGAUCACCCAAAAGCAUUGGAAAAAGUUUUUCUGUCUUUACCACUUUUCGUUCUACGCUUACCAUUUUCGGUUCAAUGGUCAAUUUAGCAAACUUGCUCUCAUUUGUUCGUGGUUAUUUAUUCAGCAUUCCAUGGUUUACUUUUAUCACCACUACGAGCUGGAUGUGCUUGAUGAGCUGGAGCAAGCUGAACGGUUGCAUCGGCGACAACAACUAUCCGUCCAUCGGCGCCGAUUGCGCCAACCGACCGGCGGUGAACAGACCGGUUCAGAAUCGGAGUCUGAAGAACCUGAAGACUGA